ACUAUUUUUUGCUUCUCUUUUCUGACUUUCUUUCUAAUCCGUUGUCUCCGACAGCAUCCUUUGUUGAACGAAAACACCUUUCUAUUCUCCAGUUUGACAAAAAACAGUGGCACCCAAACCAAACGGAACCUCGUCGGAUACAAAAUUCCCAACAUAUUUGUUUUUCUUCAUUUUCCACCUUAAUAAUAAUAAUAAUAAUAAUAAUACCUCCUGUUGUUGUUAUUAUUAAUAUUAUUUUUCUUUUUUGGGUCGGUUUAGAUUUUAGAAUCCUUACCAUGAUAAAAACUCCUACAAAAUCUCACCAGUUUCGAACCUAACACACUUAUGACUUAUCCCAUAUUUCGUAUUUAUCUCGAAACAAUCUUUCUUAUUUUCUUUUUGCUAACAAUUUUUUUCAUUCAUUGCAAGUUCUUUUCAACAAUUCGAGUUCACAGCUGUAUAUUCUCGCUUUUGUUGUUUCAGUAGUACAUACAUAUCGAAGAAAAGCUCUUGUUGGUUGUUGAGAUAGCGAAGAAGAAUUGGACGAUCAAAGAUCGUAUAUGAACAGGCAUUCUUGAGAUUAAUUGCUUGUGUCUGAGAUAAGUCCAGGUACUGCAUUUCUUUGGGUUAAUUAUACAAGAUAUUUUUAGUUCUGGGUACCUGUUCCUACAAAAGACUAUACUUAUAAAUAUCUUCAAAAACUGGGAAUUGAAGUAAAGAUGGUGGCCAGGUCAUGCUUGAAUUUGUUGGAUUUGGUAUCAGGGGAUAUGCUAAAUUUCCCUCAGACCCCCAGAUCUCUUCCGCGAGUUAUGACUGAUCCAGUAAUCAUGUCUAGUGGAGAUGGUAAACAAAGUAAUGAUGAUGAUUCAGGUGUUUUCUCAUCAGAAUACCGUCGCAAGAUAAUUAUAGUAUCAAAUUCUCUUCCUCUCAAUGCAAAAAGGGAUAAAGUAUCUGGCAAAUGGUGCUUCAGUUACGACGAGGAUUCAAUUUUUUGGCAGUUAAAGGAUGGUCUCUCACCUGAGGCUGAUGUUGUUUAUGUGGGAUCUCUCAAGGCUGAUGUUGAUGCAAAUGAGCAAGAGAAAGUUUCCCUUCAGUUGCUGGAGGAAUUCAAUUGCGUGCCUACUUUUAUUCCUUCAGACCUCUACAAACAAUUCCAUGAUGGUUUCUGCAAGCAACAAUUGUGGCCCCUAUUCCAUUACAUGUUGCCCAUGUAUCCAGGCAAUCGCCGCUUUGAUAGGUCACAGUGGCAGGCUUAUGUUUCUGCUAACAAGAUAUUUGCAGAUAAAGUCAUGGAGGUCCUUAAUCCAGAAGAUGAUUAUGUAUGGGUUCAUGAUUAUCAUCUUAUGGUCCUUCCAACAUUUCUGCGAAAGCGGUGUAGUCGAGUCAGGCUUGGUUUUUUCCUCCACAGUCCAUUUCCUUCAUCGGAAGUUUAUAAAACUCUGCCUGUCAGAGGUGAAAUUUUGAAAGCAUUGCUUAAUGCAGAUUUAGUUGGUUUCCACACCUUUGAUUACGCUCGCCAUUUUCUCUCCUGCUGCAGGCGAAUGCUUGGCUUGGAACAUGAAUCUAAGAGGGGUUACAUAGGGCUUGAAUACUUUGGCCGUACAAUAUUCAUUAAAAUAUUGCCUCCGGGGAUUCACAUGGGUCGACUUCAAUCUACCUUAGAUCACCCUUCCUCUUCCAACAAAGUCAGAGAAAUCCACCAACAAUUUAAGGGGAAAAAGCUUAUAGUUGGUGUUGAUGAUAUGGACUUAUUCAAAGGUAUCGGUUUAAAAUUCUUGGCCAUGGAGCAACUCCUGCAGCAAUAUCCAGAACAGCAAGGUGAAUUAAUAUUGAUCCAAAUUUUAAAUCCCCCAAGUAGUUCUGACAAAGAUGUUGAGGAUGCAAAGGAGGAGGCCUACAUUUCAGCCAAAAGGAUAAAUGAAAGGUUUGGUUUGGAAGGUUAUGAACCUAUCAUCAUCAUUGAUCGCCAUGUUCCUUUCUACGAGAAGGCAGCCUAUUAUGCUUUGGCAGAAUGUUGCAUUGUGAAUGCAGUGCGUGAUGGUUUGAAUUUGGUUCCUUACAAGUACACUGUGUGUAGGCAGGGAAGUUCUAAACUGGACGAAGCUUUAGAAAUCGCUUCUGACUCCCCACGUGUAAGCGCACUUGUCGUUUCUGAGUUUAUAGGUUGCUCACCAUCUCUUAGUGGGGCAAUAAGGGUAAACCCGUGGGAUAUUGAUGCAGUAGCUGAAGCACUAAAUUUGGCAAUCACAAUGCCUGAUGGAGAGAAGCAGCUUCGACAUGAAAAGCACUAUCGGUAUGUUAGUUCUCAUGAUGUGGCAUACUGGGCUCGAAGCUUCGAGCAAGAUCUAGUGUUCUCGUGCAAGGAUCAUUAUAAUAACCGAUGCUGGGGCUUUGGCUUUGGCCUGAACUUCAGAAUUUUGUCCCUAUCUCCUAGUUUCAGGAGGCUAUCCAUAGACCACAUUGUCCCUGCAUAUGAAAGGAGCAGUUGCAGGGCAAUCUUUUUGGAUUAUGAUGGUACGGUUGUGCCUCAGGCUUCCAUUGUUAAACCCCCCAGUCCUGAAGUCAUAUCUGUGCUAAAUAAUAUAUGCAGUGAUGUUAGAAACACUGUGUUUAUUGUUAGUGGCAGGGGAAAAACCUCACUGAGUGAAUGGUUUGAUCAGUGUGAGAAUCUUGGUAUAGCAGCUGAGCAUGGUUAUUUCAUAAGGUGGGGUAAACAUACUAGUUGGCAAAUGAGUCAUGCAGAUACAGAUUUUGCAUGGAAAAAGAUUGCUGAACCUGUGAUGAGAUCUUAUAUGGAGGCUACAGACGGCUCCUCUGUAGAGACCAAAGAGAGUGCCUUGGUAUGGCAUUACCGUGACGCCGAUCCUGAUUUCGGAUCUUGGCAAGCCAUGGAGCUGCUGGAUCACCUUGAAAAUGUACUUGCAAAUGAGCCUGUAGUUGUCAAAAAGGGACAACACAUUAUUGAAGUCAAGCCUCAGGGCAUUACUAAAGGGUCAGUUGCACAGGAAGUUCUUUCUUCCCUAACCAAGAAGGGUAAAUCGCCAGAUUUUGUACUGUGCAUUGGUGAUGAUAGAUCUGAUGAGGACAUGUUUGAGAGCAUAUUAGCCAAACCUUAUAGUACUACCUCAUCCUCAGCACCACAAAUCUUUGCAUGCACUGUUGGACAAAAACCGAGCAAAGCUAGGUACUACCUAGAUGACACUGUCGAUGUGAUGGCAUUACUUGAGGGUCUUGGUGCUACUUCAGGGCCUAAAUCAAGAUAUUCUACAGAAACCCCUUUUGAGAAAAGAGAAGUAUGUUUUGAGAAUGAUGUUUAAAAAGUACACUUUAGGCACCAGGAUAGGAUAAAGGCACAAUUUUGAUGGUUGUUUUUGAAAAGAUGUACAAAAGCAGGAUUUAAGGAAAAUAGCUUUAAAUCUGACUUUUGAUUGUAAAGAAUGUUGGUAGCAGCAGCUUUAGGUCUCAGAAACUGAGCACAGGGGAUUAGAGUGAUUGGUUUUUAUUGGUUGGUGGGGGCAAUUGGAUGCAUCUGUUGGCUUUAGCUGUAGCUUUUAAAGGAUACUCAAUAUAUUAACAGAUACAAAAUCUAGGCAUUCUUCCCGGGUGAGAAUUUAUUGGUUGGUUGUAUAUUUGAACUCGUUGGGUUUAUAUUAUACAUGGAUGUCAUUCAGAAUCUCAUAUCAUCAUUUGUAAACUAUUUUUCGGUUUGUGAGAUGGGGGUCUCUGAAUACCAUUCAGCGUCAGCUCUUUUUUUUUU